AUGGAACAAGAUCGGAGGCUUAAGCUCAUCGACCUCGCUAUUCAGAAACAUAUUCACGACAAUUAUCAUAACCUUAAAGACCACGAAACUCAAUACCAAAAUACUCUCUCCCAACUACUCUCUGUCUCUCAGCAGUUGGAGUUGUCUAAAAGAGAUGAAACAGUUAACCGAUCGGAAGUUUCGCCUGUGGCUUCUGUAAUUGAGGAAAAAGAAAGUGAAACUGUAGUGGAUGGUGAAGGUUGCAAGGAAGAGGAAAAGGAUGAGAUAAUGAAAGAGGUGAAAAAGGUGAAGAGGCAGAAUUUUGUGACUCAUUGUCUUCUUUCAGUGAUGAUUGUCCUCACUGUGGCUUGGCAGUUAUCAGAAGUUUCACUUAUUAUGAAAGUGAAGGAUGGAAUAAACCACCCAUUUAGAUCCUUUGGGAAUAUGUUCCAAGAGAUGAAAGAGAAAGCCUUUGACAUGAGUGGUCAGAAUGCUGAUGACAAUGUAUCUCUGUCUCUUCCUUCUACUGUUAAGGUGCCGGAUAUGACUAAAAUGGAUGCACCAUAUUUUGAAGAGGAAUGA